AUGUCGAGCUCCAAGAUACCCCGCGGAGAGUUCCGCAACCCUUGUCCCGAUCUCAACAACGCUGCCGCCAAAACCGCCGUUGAUUCACUUCUCGCAAAAGUCAGCCAAGCCCACAAGAAGUUCGGCGAUCCAGUUGUCGAUGACUAUGCAAUUGCAAGCUAUCCACUCGACGAACUUCAAAUCAACUUGACGGGUGACGAAAUGACCGUCACGGAGAUUGUUGAAGCCAGGAUACGACUGACCAUCAAAGCAAGCUUGGAGACGCAUUGUCUUACAGCCUUUCCUUACGAGGAAGCGCUUGAAAAGGCCAGCUACUGGGACGGAAUCCUCAAAAACAGAGAUGACGAAGAGCCAGAUCAGAUACUCGACAGCUCUCCUUUGCUCGGACUGGUGUUCAGCGUGAAAGACUGCAUCCAUGUCAAAGGCCUCCCAACAACUCUGGGCUGCUCUUUGAGGGCAGGACACAAUGAGGCUGCCAACGCAGAUAUUGUCACCAGAAUGCUCGAUGCAGGCGCUAUCAUGAUUGCAAAAACCACCGCUCCCCAACUUAUGAUGUCCAACACCACGCAAUCGCCCCUCUGGGGCACCACCAGAAGCUCAAUCUACCCGGCGGAAAAGGUUCAAAGUCCAGAGGACGAGUUCCAAGUCGGGGGCAGCUCAGGCGGCGAAGCGAGCUUGGUCAAAAUAGGUGGUAGCCACGUCGGUAUCGGUACUGACAUGGGAGGGUCCGUCCGUCAACCGGCCUGUCUCAACGAGCUUUGCGGCUACAAGUUCACGUCAGAGUUGGAUAAGAUCAGGUGGGAGCUUCCAAAGGACUUCAUGACGGGUUUGCCGCACACGACCGUGCCUGCUACUGCCCCAGGCUUGCUUGCGCGAGACUUCUCCACCUUGAAAGCUGUCGCCGACGAGCUCCAUGGUGAUAAGUACGACCAUAGCCGGGAGCUCUCCGAGGAUCCCGAAGACGACUACCGGCGCUAUCAUCCAAACGCAGAAGCCGAUAAGGAGGACUUGGGCAACAACCCUCGCAUCGUAUUCACGACGCAACACAGCUCACCCGAGGUCGAAGAGCUGAUUCUCCGGCUAGUCAGAUCGCUCGGUCAAGGCGACGAGCUCUCCCAAGCUAGCGCUUGCGACAAAUUGGAAGACGUCGACAUCAAGGCAUGGGCUGCGGCCUGGACCGAGCACGCCAAGGAGCACGGCUUUGACGACGCGCGUGCCAUGCUCGCCGACGAUCCUCUCAUCCAGCGUACCCUUUUCGAUGAGUCGCGUCUCUCAAAGACUGCGACGUCUGAGGAAAAGCGUCGAUGGAAGCCGAACCCAGACAAACUAUCACAGCUCAAAGCUACCUUCAUCCGCCAAGCCGCCAUUGGCGCGUCCCCAACGAGGACUGACGACGACGCCGAUAAAGGCCGGAACGGCGAUAGAGACGACUCAGGCGAAGACACGGACGACGAUGAGGAGGACAAGGUCGAGAACGUCAUUCUGAUCACACCUACCUAUGUCCUCGGUGGUCCCGUUCAGAAUCGCGCGUUCGUCGAGCUCGACGACGCGGGCGAAAGCGAGAUCUGGUGUCAGAUUUUCAACCUCCUCGACUGGCCCGCCGUAUCCGUGCCCUUCCGGCUGGACAAAUCCCUUUGGCCAAGGCAGGACUUCAGAGACAAGGCCCUUGCCUCGCCCGACUGGGCCAAGCAUGUGCCUGGAUACGUCAAGGCCGACCCGAUCGACUAUGAAGGCGGUCCGUACGAUGCAAAUGAUCGUCUUCCGUUCCUUAGCGUUCAGUUCGCUACGAUCCCGGGCAACGAACCUGCGCUGCUCGACUACGUCGAACGAGUUCUCAAGCGAACUUGA